CGAUCGUCAGUCGCCGAGAGCACUGUAUCGCCCGCGAGCACAGGAUGGCCCGGGGUCAGUCACUGCUACCACUGGUGGGUCUAUUGCUCUCACUGCUCGGAGGGGCCGCCGCCGUCCCUCCAGCGGCCGGCGAGCAGCCGAGGGAGGCGACAUCGCUGGUGAUACAUCCACCGUUAGCCGCUCCGUCGAUAGUACCCAGCUCCGGCGUCUCUCCGCCAGCCCUCACCCCACCUUCCCUUCCCGUGGCACCGGGCAGUGGGGAGGCGCCCCCGCCGCCCGGCCCCGGCUCCGCGCUGAGCCCCGUCCCGUACCAGCCAGCUCCGCCGGGGCUCCCUCCUCCGGUGGAACCCGUGGUUAGGACAACACAGACCUCGGCGACUUCGAGGCGGAAGCGAGCAGUCGACAGCAGGCGGGCCAAAGCCGUGGGCGAUAAGUCGGAGGAAGUCGGUAAGAAGGCAUCAGACGACGACGACGAGCGUUCCCUCUCGCCCCGCGAUGAUGAUCCGGUGCCCGCCGUGGAGCCGCCGGCGCCGGCCAGCCUCCGUCUGCCACAGGACGUCGAGCUACUACCGGGCUUCAGCGCGCCGCCCGACUUCGACGAGCCGCCGCCUUCCGAGGACGACAAAGACGAGACGAACGACACCAGCUCAGCGGACGGGCCGACCGACGGCGGCGCCGAGCACGUCAACUUCGAGGGACUCUACUACACCACCUACGCCGACAACAACACACAUCAGGAGAUUCACACGCCGCUGGCGGAUCUGGCCACCUCCAGCCACAGCUGCCGCGUGGUGCGCUCAGUGCCGGCCGCCGUGCGCCGCCAGCUCGGCCUGUCCCACUUCUACCAGCGCUACACCGAGGCCUACGGCAUCCCGGUGCUGAGCUCGGCGCGCGUGCCCGACGCGGCGCUCCGGCGCGCCUGCUACAUCGUCCGCUUCCUGUUCGCCGACGUGCGCGCCGUGCGAGACAGCUACCGGCGGCGGCGCGGCCGGGUGGCGGUCAUCGGCCGCGCCGAGCGCACCACCCAGAUCCCCGAGCACAGCAGCCUGGGGCCGGCCUGGGACGGCCGGGCGCGCGGCCUGGGCGCCACAGACUCCGCGCCCGUCUGCACCAUCGGCGAGGAGAACCUGCUCAACUACGGCUACCCGGCCGACCGCUGGCACACGGAGGACAUCGGGCUGCACGAGUUCGCGCACGGCCUGCACCUGCUCGGCGCCCGGUACGCACUGCCCGACUGGGAGCGACGCCUGGAGGCCGCCCACCGCGCGGCGCUGAGGCGCGGCCUCUGGACCAACACCUACGCCGCCACCAACCACAUCGAGUACUUCGCCGAGGGCGUGCAAAAGUACCACAACGUGGAGGCGUACAGUCAGCACCCGAACGGCAUCCAUAACCACGUCAGCACGCGCCGGGCGCUGCUGCAGUACGACCCGACACUGCACCAGCUGGUCGCCGAGAUAUUCCCCUGCGGUAACACCUACAUCAGUCGGCGGCAGGGCGGCUUCCAGGCGGCCUCCGACAGCGCCCGGCUGAAGCUCGAGUAUCCCUCCUGUCGGCUGGAAGGCAGCACUACUCAGCCCUCGCCGACCCAGCGGCCGACAGAGGGCACGACUCGCGCGCCGGCGAGGCGGACCACCACAGCGCGGCCGCCGGGCGUGGCCUGUACGGACGGCCAUCACUACUGCAGCAGCUGGGCGCGCGCCGGCUACUGCCGCUCCAACGCCGGCUACAUGACCGUCCACUGCCGGCGCUCGUGCGGCGUGUGCGGCCAGUGUGCCGACCGGAACGGCCACUGCGCCGACUGGGCGCGCCGCGGCGAGUGUACGGCCAACCCGGGCUACAUGCUGCAGAGCUGCCAACGGAGCUGCCGCGUCUGCUGACCGGCGAGGGGAACGGAGGGACGGGGGAGGGGGAUCGGCGGGACGGGGCGGGGCGGGAUGGGAAGCAGCGGAAAGGAAAGGAGGGGACGGAACGGGGAGGAGAGGAACGCAGCAGGAAAGGAAAGGAGACUACAAGGGGAGGGGGAAGAAGGGAUUAUGUGGUAUGUGCUUUGUUUCUCAAGAGUAUGUCACCUUCAAAGGAGGCAAUUUCUUUUAACUUUUAUAAGUCAGCUUUCCAAGUGUGAAACAGCUAACAGGGAUAACUUCAGUAGGCAGUUUCUAUCUCAUUAUAUUGCCAGUAGAGGGAUAACUUCAGUAGGCAGUUUCUAUCUCAUUAUAUUGCCAGUAGGACGCUAGUUAUAUUAUAUUUAAUGACUAUAUUUGUAACUUCAUGCUUUAACAAAGGACACUGGACAGUAGAGGUCGGCUGCAGUGGCUUGUGUUCGUCUCGCUGUACAUUUCAUGUUGCCAAAUAUGUGUUUCGAA